AUGUUUCCAGAAAUGGAGGGCUUGAGUUACAAAGAGAGGCUGGCAAGGCUGGAAUACUUUUCACGGGAGAGUGGGAGGUUGAGAGAACCAUAUUGCAAUGGUAUAUGGUCAUCUUGGUUUAAUGAAAAUACACCAACUAUUCAGAACAAAGGGGAUUCUGAGUUAUUGGAGACAAUUCGCUAUAAACUGUGUCCUUCCUCCUCUUACAAAAUAAAUGACAUUGCUUGUGAAGCUGUCAAGUUCCCACAACGACCAAUAAGUGAAACAAAGGAUAAUGUUUCUUGUGAUAUAAACGAAGGACUGAUUUGUAAUUACAAUGAACAGACACCGGAGAAUCACCUCAUGUGUUUGGAUUAUAGAAUUAGGGUGUGCUGUGAGCCAAUAUUAACAUCACAAAUUACAUCCACAGCCAUUGUGUCUAUUAUACAUUCUACAGUCUAUGAGCCUCCAAUUACCCAUGUCACAGAGAAACCUCCAGAACCUUGUCAGUGCAAUUCAAACCCACCAAGGAAGUGCUUGGAGACAUGGAAGGAAAACUGCACAAUAACUACUUGCAUCGGCGGAGAUACUUUUAAAAUGAAUCAAAUUACCUGUCCUACAUUAAUUAAACCAAAAUGUAUCAACAACAUUGAGCCUGUGAAAGUUCACACUGCAGAUGGAUGUUGUGAGAAAUGGGAAUGUGACUGUGAAUGUGAAAUAUGGGGAGACCCACACUAUAGGUCAUUUGAUGGUACAUGGUAUGACUUCUUUGAGAACUGUACAUAUACCCUGGUGGAAGAACGGGUUCCAAAAUACAAUUUCUCAGUUCUAUUGGAUAAUUAUUUUUGCUUCCCAUUUGUAAAGAAGUCUUGUCCAAGGGGCCUAAUUAUUUCUUACAAUGGAAAUGUUGUACAUAUUUCAACUGGAGGAACAUAUGUGUUAACUGUCAACGGAAAUAAUGUGAGUCCUCCCUACAAUGCAAAUGACUUUAUCAUUACUAAACUGGGCAUCAGCACAUAUAUUUCUAUUCCUGGUAUUCGAACAACUAUUACUGCUUACCCUAAUGCCUUUAAAAUCAGGGUACCAGAACAAUACUUCCUUAACAACACUCAAGGCCAAUGUGGAUCCUGUUCACACUCCCCACCCCAAUGCAUAAGAAAGAAUGGAAAGGCUGAGCCAAAUGACUGCUGUCACAGAACUGCAUUUGAUUGGAGAGUGCAAGAUUCCAGAAAGCCUUACUGUCAAUCAGCUCCUACAAAUGUGCCUUGUACCCCAAUUCCCCCUCCUCCAACAUGCAAACCUGAAAAAACAAUCUGUGAUCUUAUUCAAAGCCAACCAUUUAAACAAUGCAGCGAAAAGAUCAACCUCAAUACGUACCUCAAGGUUUGUAUCUUUGACCAUUGUGUGGUAAAUUCUACAAUUGACUGUAGCAGCUUGGAAGCUGCUGCUUUGGCCUGUGCAAGUGUUGGCGCAUGUGUCGACUGGAGGCCUUUCACCAACGGCAUGUGCAAUUAUACCUGCAACCAAGGUUUUGUGUACAAGCCAUGUCAAAGCAAGGAAGAUGAUCAGUGUAAGAAUGCUACAUUGAUAGCUGGGGAGGCAUUAACUCCCACUGGGGAAGGUUGCUUUUGUCCAGAUGGAAUGCUCCUAUCUGAAGAUAAAUCCAGAUGUAUUGCUUUUUGUCAAAAUUGCCGUGACCAGUUUGGACAACCAAGAAAUGAGGGUGAUGCAUGGGAGGAUGCCAAUAAUCCAUGCAUUUCAUAUAAAUGUACUGAGAUUGGAAUUGUAAUCAGAAAUAUGUCCUGCAAUCAGGAUGAAAGCUGCCCUGAGUCUGACAGAGUUUACCUCGAUCGUUGUUGUUUUGCAUGCCGAUUAACACAAGGUGAAUGCAAAGUUAAUAAAUUCAAUGAAACAAUCAGAAGUGAUAAUUGUGAAGCAACUUUUGAAGCAACACAAUGUCUCGGGCAUUGUUCAUCAGCCACACGAUAUGACCCCAGAAAGCAUCACAUGGACUCUGAUUGCCAGUGCUGCCAUGAAGACAAGACUGAAAGCAUGUCAGUGGAACUGCAAUGUAAAAAUGGAAUGACUAAGGGAGUCGAGUAUACCAGUAUCAAGUCGUGCAAAUGCAAAGAUUGUGGAAACACGUUCUAAAAUAUGAUAAAUAAAUACCAAAUGCCAAUAAGCAAGUUAAAAAAGCCGAAGCCCAAGUACAAAAGCCGAAGCCCAAGUACAAAAAGGCGAAACCAAAAACCAAAACAUAAAAAAAAAUACCAAAAGCCGUUAUCCUAGUCUCAAAAGCCUAGUUUCAAAACAAGUAGAUCAAUUGAACUAAAUAGCAUGAUUUUAACAACUUAAUUUUCCAAAUCUGAUUUUGAUUUUAUUCUCAUACUGUCUUGACUGAUUUCUUUCAAUUGAAUUUCAUAACGUGAAAAAUUAUUUUUAAAAAACUGCUGGAUCUUGUUUUCGAUAAAGGGUAUGGUUUUGUGGUGGGAGGUGUUGGAAUAUUUACAAUUCUGUCCUGUACUUAUUGGGCAUUUGGGACUUAUGUGAUUUGAAAUGAUAAUAAAAAAAAUCUGCUGAGGA